CAUUUUAAAUCGGUCUACUGGUUACAUGAUACUACGGAUAAUAUACUUACAAAAUGCUCUUCGAUAUACUUCGGAAACACGUUCAAGAUUAGAUAUACUCUCCCCUCAUAGAACCUUAACCCGAUGGCAUCCUCUCAUUCGCAAGUUCCUUGUGCUUGGUUUCCUCGCGUUUCCCCUCCUCGCCCAUGGAAUCGGCGCUUCCCGCUCCAACCUUCGGUCGUGUCUCAGGGCCCACGGUUCCGUCGUGCCAAGCGUCAACUGACGUUAUCACUUACAUCUCUGCGUGCGCUUACCCUCGAAAUCUCUACUCCUGAUCGCUUCGACUAUCUCCCGCCUUAUCCAAUCAACCCCACAGUCAUGACUGCGCCCCCCCAUCUACGACACAACCAACCGCCCAUUGACCUCCUCUGCGGCUGGCCGAACCCCGCGCUCCUCCCCGCCCCCGAUCUGCUCCGCUCCGCCACGACCGUUCUGACGACCCCCUCCAUUGCCCAGCCAGGGUUGUCGUACGGACCCGAUGAGGGCUACGAGCCUCUGCGCGCACACGUGGCCCAAUGGCUGGAGAACUUCUAUCAGCCGUGCCACCCCAUCUCACCUGGGCGCAUUUGCAUCACCGGAGGGGCCAGCCAGAACCUCGCGUGUGUCAUGGCCGUCUUCACGGACCCCGUCUACACGCGCGCAGUGUGGAUGGUCGAUCCCACCUACCAUCUGGCGGGCCGUAUGAUGGAUGAUGCGGGCUUCGCUGGGCGGGUCUAUGGGGUUCCUGAGGAUGAUGAGGGAAUUGACCUCGCCUUCCUGGAAAAUGGAUUACGUGCGGCGGAAGAAAAGGCUCAUGCCGAGGGCAACACCGAACCGAAAUUCAAAGCCCCUCGGCCCUGGCGCAAGAUCUACAAAUAUAUCAUCUAUGCCGUCCCAACAUUCGCCAACCCUUCUACCAAGGUGAUGUCCCUGGGUCAUCGAGAACGAUUGAUUCGACUAGCUCGCCAGUACGAUGCGCUACUGGUUACCGACGACGUUUACGAUUUCCUACAGUGGUCGCCAAUCGCCGGGGGUCAGCUGGCUGCCCCCGAACACGCAUGCCUCCCCCGCUUGGUAGACGUGGAUCUUUAUCUGGACGGUGGCCCCGUUGAUGAAUGGGGUCACACGAUAAGCAACGGCAGCUUCAGCAAACUGCUCGGUCCGGGAGCUCGCACUGGAUGGGCCGAAGCAUCCGAAAAGGUCGCUUACGGGAUAUCACAAGUAGGCUCCUCGCGCUCCGGUGGCGCCCCUUCUCAACUCUGUGCCACCAUCAUCGAUCAACUACUCCCCUCCGGUUUCCUAGACACUCACAUCCAACAAGUCCUUCAGCCCGCAUAUGCUGAACGGUAUCACAGGGUACUUGGCGCGAUCCAGGAAUACCUAGUCCCACUUGGGGUGACGGUUGUUUCGUCAUCCGAGACCGUCGUCGGCGGGUAUUUCAUCUGGGUCACCUUGCCACCGCCGCUACUGGCGGUAGAUCUAGUGCAGCGAGCCCAACAGGAAGAAAACCUGCGCUUAGCGCCUGGCACGCUGUUCGAGGCCGGCAGCCCACAGCCGCCAAGCGAUCGGUUCGCCGGCUGCCUGCGCCUCUGCUUUGCGUGGGAAGAGCCCCGUCACCUGACCGAGGGGGUGCGUAGGCUCGCACGCGUCCUGAAACGUGCGCUUGUGUAGCGCAGAGCAUCCAGCUCGAGAUGAUCAAAUUAACUACCUAAAAGAGAAAGUGAAGCUAAAUUGCCCUUGGUACUGUGGUCGGAGGUGGGGCGGAUGUAUCCGGGCGAAAAAAAAGAGAAGUGGACAAGGACGCGUGGCAGACACACUAAAGGCAGUAAGUACAUACAGUACAUACAUAUCGGGAGACCGAGCGUCCGGGAUAUCCUCUCGGUACCACCGCCAAGACCAGUACAUACUGUACUAGUAGCAUAGGAAUACCAAAUUUACGAUGCCAGCGAUCAAGUUCGUUCUAGAAAGCUUGUUGGGGUAUCAUAUGUUGGAAAUGCCAGCAAGGACG